UACAAAAAAUGUCAAACACCGAUUAGUAUUUAGCACUGUCAACUGUCAAUCAAACUCGUAAAAAUGAAGACCUUUCUCAUCUUCUACGUUCUCUUCUUGGCAAUCUCUCUUCCACUUUCAACAUCAAGCUUUGAUACCUUACACGCAGGUUCAUCACUAUCAGUGGAGAACCAAAACGUCGACGUUUUAGUUUCAUCAAAUGGUGUCUUCUCUGCUGGAUUUCACACCGUCGGGGACAACGCAUACUCCUUUGCCGUAUGGUUCACCCAGACCCAGCCUUCUCCGUACGGCAACAACGAUCGUACGGUGGUUUGGAUGGCAAACCGUGACAAACCAGUUAACGCCGAAGGCUCAAAGCUAACUCUCCUCAAAACCGGUAAUCUUAUAUUAAACGACGCCGAUCGGAUAAUCAUUUGGGCCACCGGAAUGGCGUCGAUUGCAUUGCCCCAGACCCAGUUGCGUCUCUACGACACCGGCAACGUUGUUCUUCUAACCUCGGGGCCGGGCGACGAUACCGUUUUGUGGCAGAGUUUCAGCUCACCGAUGGAUACCCUUCUCCCAGAACAACCUUUAACCAGAUACGGAGGGCUUGUCUCCUCGAGUAGUAAGAGUAACUUCUUCUUAGCUGCUGAGCUGUGAUAUA